AUGGCCGGCGCCGGCGAAGGGCGGGAGCAGCCGACGAUGCUAGAGAAGGAGCUGAUCAGCAGCCACAAGGAGCACCACUUCACGGCGGGGGAGGUGGUGCGCGACGUCAUCAUGGGCGUCUCAGACGGCCUCACCGUUCCCUUCGCCCUUGCCGCAGGGCUGUCGGGAGCGAGCGCACCAUCCUCGCUCGUCCUCACCACUGGCCUCGCCGAGGUAGCAGCAGGCGCCAUCUCCAUGGAACUCGGAGGGUACUUGGCGGCUAAGAGCGAGGCAGAUCAUUACGAGCGGGAGUUAAGUAGGGAGCAAGAGGAGAUCAUCACGGUCCCUGACAUCGAGGCUGCUGAGAUCGGAGAGAUCAUGUCAAAUUAUGGACUCGAACCCCAUGAGUAUGGCCCUAUGGUUACGGGCCUGCGUAGAAAGCCACAAGCUUGGCUCGAGUUCAUGAUGAGAUUUGAGCUGGGACUAGAGAAGCCGGACCCUAGAAGAGCCCUGCAGAGCGCUCUCACGAUAGCGCUUUCCUACGUUGUCGGUGGGCUGGUCCCACUCAUGCCCUACAUGCUCAUUUCCACAGCUUAUGAUGCAAUGCUCACAUCGGUCGUGGCCACGCUUGUCGCGCUCUUCUUUUUUGGCUACGUCAAGGGCCGCUUCACUGGAAGCCGCCCACUCUUCAGUGCUCUCCAGACUACUUUUAUCGGUGCUGCUGCUUCCGCUGCAGCAUAUGGAAUCGCCAAAGCUGUGCAAGCUUGA